CCGUAGGGACCCGGCGGCGCCCCAGAGGACCCGCGACUGAGCGCGGUGCGACGCGGGGGCUUGGGCUGGGCGCCAUGGACGCCUUCACUCGCUUCACCAACCAGACCCAGGGCCGGGACCGACUCUUCAGAGCCACUCAGUACACAUGCAUGUUGCUUAGAUAUUUGUUAGAGCCUAAAGCUGGCAAAGAGAAGGUGGUAAUGAAGCUCAAGAAACUGGAGACCAGUGUGAGCACUGGGCGUAAAUGGUUCAGACUAGGCAAUGUGGUACAUGCUGUGCAGGCGACUGAGCAGAGCAUUCAUGCCACUGACCUGGUACCCCGCCUGUGCCUGACAUUAGCCAACCUGAACCGUGUGAUUUAUUUCAUCUGUGACACCAUCCUCUGGGUAAGGAGUGUAGGUCUCGCCUCUGGCAUCAACAAAGAGAAGUGGCGAACAUGGGCUGCCCGCCACUACUACUAUUCUCUCCUGCUGAGCCUGGGCAGGGAUCUAUAUGAAAUCUCCCUGCAGAUGGAACAGGUUGCACACAACAGGGCAAAGAGGGAGAAAUCAUCAUCCCAGGAUCCUCUUGAGUACAGCGUGGCUGACGAGGAAACAGAAUGGCUCCAGUCCUUUCUCCUUCUCUUAUUCCGAUCUCUGAAGCAGCAUCCUCCCUUGCUCCUGGACACUGUGAAGAACUUCUGUGAUAUUCUGAACCCUUUGGACCAGCUGGGGAUCUGUAAGUCCAAUCCUGGCAUCAUUGGACUUGGAGGUCUUGUGUCCUCUAUAGCAGGCAUGAUCACUGUGGCAUAUCCUCAGAUGAAGCUGAAGACCCGCUAGGGUGUUUUCAGGCUGAGAAGUACCUGCUUUAAAAGAUGACCUCUUAGUGGAUCAGACAUUUGCAUUAAUCACAGGCCAUGUCAGACUGUGCUUAAGUUCUUAUUCAUGUGAGCAUUUAGCAACCUGUGAUGUGAGCAGAGGUGCAGCCAAGAAUGGAGAAGGGUGGAGCGUGAAGAUUUAUAUGUGUUUUUUUAGAGUGCUGGAGUGACUUGAGAAUUUCCGAAUAUUUUCCCUUCAUCUAACAGUUAUUGAGCAUCUCUUAUGGCAUAGUAGGAGCCUAGUGUUCGCUGAAUGAAUAAAAAUUGAAAGGGAAAAAAUU